AUGAGAGCGACUGUAUCCAACUGGGACGCCCCCUCGCCUCUCGCCCUCUGCGUCCGCUCUGCUCUCGGUGCUCCCACUGUGCUCGGCGUCCCACACGACUCCUUCCCACUCUUCUCCCCUCUGCUCUCCCCCACAAGCGCCCCACACGACUCCUUCCCACUCUUCUCCCCUCUCCUCUCCGCCAAAGGGUGUGCCUUCGCUGCGUUAACCUACUCCAUUCCCCAUGCUCCAUCUCCCCUCUCUCCUGCUGCGUCUAAUUCCCCUGCUCUUUCUCUCGCUCUCGUUACUCCCAGCCUAAGUGCCGCCCCACGAGACUCCUUCCCCGUCUUUUCCCUCUGUUUUCCCCCCUUCUCCCCUCCCCAUCCCAUCAGCCGCAUCCCUCACUUGGAAUUCACGGCUCAGAAGGCGGGAGCAGCAGAUGCAAAAACGGCCUGCUUUGGCCUUAGAUUCGCAUUCUUCACGUGGGAGCACCAGAUGCAACUCCGUCGCAUCUUUCACGUGGAAUACACGGCGCUGCAAUCAGGAGCAGAAAUACUUGCCAGCACUUGCAAAGCGAGUGUUCUCUCCCUUUCCACACCCAACCUCCCCUCCCCAUCGCAUCAGUCGCAUCCUUCUCUUGGAAUACACGGCGCUGCAAGCAGCAGCAGCGGCAGAACCUAG